GAACCGCGUUUACCGACCAAGGUGCUUCGUGCACGCGAAAUGAAAUGGCGUGAUAUGUGCAGUCACUGGGAAUAUUGGGCAAUAAAGAACCGUUUCAAACUUCGCGAACGUUGUCGUAAGGGCAUUCCGGACUCGAUGCGUUGUGAAGCCUGGCAGCGUCUUUGUUCCAGUCCGAUGGUUUUGGUUCCGCGAGUCAAAGUGGUUACAGACACCUCUCAGGACACGCGUAAACAGAAUGUUCUCAAAGAAUUUUUCGGCACCCUAUCUCGCAAUGCAAAUUCCAAAAGUUUGCCAACAGUGAUCACCACAUCGCCCAGUUUCCGAAUAAAACGAGGCAAGGCAGAUGCCAGAAAUACCGGUGCAUUGGCCAUACCGCCUCUUCCAUUCCCUGGUUCUGAGGCCAAUAGUCGUUCCGCUUCACCCGGUCCUAGUUAUCCCUCUCUACGGAUGGAUCAGUCAUCCGGCCCUAUUCCCGACGCGGGAGAUAUGGAUCUUCAAGUACCUAAUCCUUCCGCCGCAUCCGAAGCGGACACAAGCAGCGUUCUAUUCUCCUGGUCGCAUACAAAUGCCAACGGCGAUUCCGGUCCGGUAGGCAGUGGGCGACAUCGAGCAAAUGUUGUCAGUGGUAGUUUUCAUAAUUUGAUGUACACAGGGUGUACAAUGGAUCCUGUCGGAUCACCCUCACACUUGGGAACAUUUUCCACAUACACGACUGCCGUUUCAGUCCACGAGAAUUCAUGCUCCCCGAUUCCCCCAAUCGAUCUGACUGCAGCCGAGUCAGAUCAAACUGCUGUGGCUAGCAGCUCCGGUGGUUAUGCUAGUUUAAGCACCAACAGUGGAACGGACAGCGUCAGUAUUCGGCGCAGUACACGUAAAGCAGUUCCUCCCGGCAAUGUAUCCACCGAUUCAUGUGCUUCCUCCUUGACCUCCUCCUCAGUUGCCUCCUCACUGUCUAUUCUGUGGCAUCCUACACACUCGACCGAGUUGCCCAUCAGUCUUCAUCAAUCCACCGCGGAUAUUGAGGAUGCUCGAGCCACUCUCGUACCCACAGGUGAUCCAGACCCGGUCGAACUGUACACAUAUUAUUGCUCACAAGAAGGCACACAGGCGAACUGUGAUCAGAUUCGGCGGGAUAUUGACCGCCAAUUCCCGUUUCAUGAAUUGUUCAGUCAGAAAGGAGGCCAUGGACAGGAAAGUCUGUAUGCAAUCCUUAAAGCGUAUACCAUACGACACGCUGAUAAAGGAUAUUGUCAGGGACAGGCACCUCUAGCCGCAGUACUUUUGAUGUUCAUGCCCGAGGUGGAUGCGUUUUGGACAUUCAAUGAAGUCUGCGAACGAUACCUGGAGGCAUAUUACGACGAUGGUCUGGAGCGAAUUCAGAUCGAUGGUGAAAUUCUCUAUGCCCUGCUAAAACGUAUCCAUCCGCCGAUUUAUAAGCUACUGGUAAGUCACCCAGCUUCUCACCUGGUUGAUGUCCUCACUCCAAUCCGCGCUCUCAUGAACACACGCACACAGGUCUAUCCGGUAUCUUGA